AUGCCCGAUGUCAUCGACCUUCUCUCCUCUACACCUCCGUGCCCGAGAGAUCCCCCUCCGCCGCCAUCCACAAGAUCACACUUUGACAUCCCACUCUCCAUCCACGACGAUGAGAUCGAAAAUACAUCCAAAAGAAGACGUCUAAGCUACCAAUCUAUAGGAGCAUCAAGCCAAAAUCCUAUCUCCAAAUCCGCACUAAAUAGCCCCGUCCCGGCCUCCCGAAACCCGCUUUUCUUGUUUUCCGAUGAGGAUAUUCUCCCUUCACCCUCUGGGGGACCGACUAAUGCGAGACUCUCCGCUUGGAACGGGGGUGAUUCGGAUCCUGUUGUUUUUACUUCUUCGGCACCAGAAACCGUGAGAAGGGGUGGAGUGACGGAGACGAGGACUGAAGCGAUUACGAUUACUAUUGAUGACGAUGAUGAUGACGAUGACAGUGCGAAUCAUGUAUACGCGGAGCGGCGCAAGAGAGAUGAAAUUGAGGGGUUUAGUGAUGAGUUGGUAAAGCCAGAUUUGAAUGGUAUACUUGCGAUGUCAUCGAGGAGUUUUGAGGACUGCUCCAAAAAUGACAAUGAUCGUACUGGUCUGAACUUUUCUAGUAGGACUGCGAAUCUGCUAGCUAGUCUGGAGAGUCGGUCCAAUUCGAAAAGCUCAGGGCGGUCUAAGCCCCAAUCCACAACGUCGCGCACGCAGUACGACCGUGAUGUUGUCGAUGUCGAGGAGGAUAUCUUAGAUGAGAUAGCAAAGCCACGGAAUACAAUACGGAAGAAAACGACGACAGCCAGGUUCAUGAGUGCGGAGAAAGAAGCGCGGGCCAAAGAACGAGAAGCUACGAAGGCUCAGCGUGAACGUGAUAAACUGCAAGAGAAAGAGCGCAAGCAGAAGUUAAAGGAGGAAAAGGCUCGGGAGAAACAGCUUGCUGCGGAUAUUGCUCAGGUCAACAAACUGAAGGUGGACAAGAAAGAAUCUACGCCCGAGAUGAUAGUUGAUCUUGCGUCCAGCUUUGAGGGAACGAGUGUAGGGAACCAGACGGUUGAGUUCAUGCACAAGUUGGGCGUUGAAUUGCAUUUCUGUACAAGCGAAAUGGCAAAUAUCGUCCGGUGGAGAAGGAAAGUAAAGGCAAGAUACAAUACCACUGCUGGUCAUUGGGAACCGUGUCCAUUUCACAUUCGACAAGAGGAGCAGGUUCUGGUUUUCUUGACAGCACAGGAAUUCGUCGACAUGGUCAUCUCAUCUCCGUCUACAUCAACCGACACAGCACCGGCCAAUCUAGAUCGGCAUGUACAAAAACUCAGAACCACAUACACUGACUGCAAACCCAUCUACCUAAUUGAGGGUCUAACAGGAUGGAUGCGCAAGAAUCAAAACUCGCGAAACAGAGCCUAUGUCGCCGAAGUACGCCGACAAAUGGACCCAGAACCAGCCUCCUCUCAGCCCUCAUCACGCAAGAGGAAACCCGCCGCCAACAAACCAGAAAGCAGCCCUCCAAUUGACGACGACACUAUCGAAGAUGCCCUCCUCCAACUCCAAGUCGCCCACUCCUGCCUCAUCCACCACACCAACGCCGCCCCGGAAACAGCAGAAUGGAUCAAGAAUUUCACCGAACACCUGUCCACCGCCCCCUACCGACAAGAAAUGAUGGACGGACGUGACGCCGCCUUCUGCAUGGACACCGGCCAGGUGAAACCGGGCGAUACCAAAUCCGAUACGUUCAUCAAAAUGCUCCAGGAGGUACACCGCGUCACGGCAUCAAUGGCCUACGGCAUUGCGGUCAGAUAUCCCAGUGUCGUUGACUUGGUCCAAGCAAUAAGACUGCAUGGUCCUAGCUUAUUAGAAGAUGUAAAGAAAUCCGCUAACAGGAACGGCACCCUGACGGAGUCCCGUAUAGGUCCGGCCGCUAGCAAACGCCUGUAUAAAGUUUUUAUGGGGGUUGAUUCAUCUUCAACCGAUGUUUAA